CAGCUUGAUGUUGCAUACAUCCAAUCAAUUGUCUGUCGUAUUAAGUUCGUGAAAAUCGUCUCAUGUUAUAUCUUUUUUUCGCUAAGAAAAACUCCGGAAAUAAUGAAUGUUUGUCGCGUAUGCGGACGAACUUCAACGGAUCCGUUCAGUUCGUAUGGGAGUUUUGAGCCCUAUGCCAUCAUAUAUCACCAGUUGACUGCCGUUCAGUUACAUGCCCAUGAAGAUGUACAACAUUUAAAGAUUUGUAAACUCUGCAUAGGCCGGUUGCAGGACUUCGAUGAAUUUCGAAAUGAAUGCCUACGGAACCACUGGCAAAUACACAGUGUGAAAACCGAGCCAUUGAUAUUGGACAAAGAGGAAGAAGAACUUGAAGAGCCAGAUUUUGCCGACGCCGACUCGUAUGAUCCCGAUCCGGAGCCGUUCGAAGAAGUUGGCGUUGAUGUAUCGUUCAACGCAGACUUCAUAUCCGAAGAAGACACCGAACCGAAAGUCAGAAAACGACGUGCCAAAUAUGGAAGUCUCAAGAAAGCACCGCCACCGAAGCCGACCUGCGAUCAGUGCUCGGAAGUAUUCCCAGAUCUUCAACAGCUCAACGCCCACAAACGUAUCCACGAGGGUCUGCUUCCGUUCGUCUGCGAAACCUGUAACAUCGACUUCAGUUCCCUGCUGGAUAUGCAGCUGCACAACGUUCAGAACCAUACCGAAAUUCAAAGCAUUCCCUGCGAUCAUCCCGGUUGCACCGAAACCUUCACGAGCCACCAAGGGUUACGUAGCCAUCGAUUGCGAGUUCACGACCCGAACUACGUCGAACCAGAACCGACCGCAUUUAUCUGCGAGAUAUGCGCCAAUUCGUACACAACAAAGGAAUCACUCAAGCGACAUCGCUACUCGCAUGUUCCCGAUGAAAGGCCAAACAUUUGUACCUUCUGUCCCCGGAAGUUUUCAACCGUUCAUGCACUCAACAUGCAUCUGAACCGCCACAAGGGCAUCAAGAACCAGGUGUGUCCUUACUGUGGCGUCCGGAAGACUACCAAAAACGAGCUCAGAUCUCACAUCAACAACAUCCACAAAAAGGAUCAACUGGCUCCGAUGGCCGUCGAUCUUGCCCUUCCGCCGAAUCCUUUCGGAAUGGAAAGCCUUCAAUCUCUCGAUAAACCCAAGAAACCUCUGAACAAGCAACAGCUGAAGCGAACUAUGCGCAAGCAGAACCGCAACAGCGGUAAGGCCUACAUCUCAUCUACGAACGUCCUGAUACCGGGCAAAAGCUUCCCGGAGAACUUCGACUGCAAGUGUCCGCGCAAGUGCCCGUCGCUGUUCAGCGCCAAGUCUGCCCUGGAGGCGUUCUUCAACUCGUACUGGGACCUGGCCGAUUGGCACAAGCAGAACGUCUUCCUGCAGGAGAUGUGCCGCAGCGUGGACAUUGUUCGGCGUCGGUCCAAGUCGGGAGAGCAAUCGGCCCGGACCCGUAGCUUCCACUAUUUUAUUCCGGACGGGCCAAACAAGGUGCGGGUGUGCAAGGGAUUUUUCAUCGGGAUUCUGCAGAUCAGCUGGGGUCGGUUGUAUAGGCGAGUGGUCAAGAAUUUGGAUAAAGAGAAGAGCGAGUAAAAUUGAAGUUUGUGGGGCUUCCUA